UUUACACACAUACCACCCACGAUCCCUGGGGUCAUGACUGAGGUUGAUUCCGACCCGUACGAUGUGAAUAUUGCUUAUUCAGUUCCUAUGGAUCAGAUAACAUCUCUAAUUGGCCAAUCAACACGUUGCAGGCAGAAUCUCGUGGCAGAGUGCAAAAACGCUAAGAUUUGGAACGGGGACAAUCAGCUGGCCUGGUGGGUGUCACGUGAUGGUGCCCGGAUGAUGAACUGGGGCGGAUCCAAGAAUUUCGAGGGAUGCCUUUGCUCUGUGGAUAACGAUUGCGAGUUGGGGCACCGUUGUAACUGUGGUGCUAGACCUGACGUCUGGAAAACCGACGGUGGAUUUCUGACCGACAAAACCAAGCUACCCGUGAGCGCGCUUCACUUCGGGAGUGCAGCGCCCCCAAAAGAGAUGCGGUACAAGCUCCAAAGCCUUCAGUGCUAUACAGGCCCGUGAGAAAGUAGACUGACUGACACGUCGUUGGUUGGUGUAUAUUUUCGUCCUGCCACAGUCGCAGUCGCAGUGCGAUUUACAUUCAUGCAACGGCCGUAGGUAGCGCACUGACUUUCGCAAACAUUAUUUUGGUCGAGGUUAUGUUUACUAAUAACAACAUUUUAAUUGGCAAAAAAAAACCAGCCAAUUGUGACUUUAAGUAUCUCUAUAUAUUAUCUCUUGUUGUUUAACGUAAAUACAACUAUAUACCGUAAAAUCGUCUUGUCGCUAUACAGUUCAUUGUACGAAAUGGGAGUCAGACUUUUUUGCACUUUUUUUGCGCCAAACUUAGAUGUAGAAGCAUUUUUCUUUUCUUUGUUUUAGACAUAUUAUUAAUAGUCAUAUAUAGCUAUGGUAAGAUCCCUUCCCAUAAAUAGCUAAUAUAUAUAGCUAUAAAUCAUGCAGCCACCAUCUUGGCCAUAAUCCCUGUAUCCUAUAGCAAUAAAAGAUGCUAACGUUCAUUGUACAAACAGGAACCAGACUAUUUCUUCUUCCAACCUCAGUUAGUUACAUUGAUUCGAAUGGGAGAUAAUCACGCCAUGACAGAGGAUGCCGAAUUCAGGGCCACCGGUAGUUUAGAAACCGGUGUUUAUAAAAACAAACAAGCACAAUAAUUAAAACCCAAUAAUACAACAUCUGAUCGGACUUGGGCUAAUUAUCUUAGCCUCUAUACAAUACACGGAGGCCGCAAGUAAUCUUAAAUAAUCGACCACUAGUUCCUUAUUCAAAAUGAUAAUGAAACACUGAACGAAUAAUCGAUAACUGGAAGUCCAGAUGAUGUUGAGCAUUCAGACUCAACUUCGCCCCUUUCUAAAAAAAAAUACCAGCUUAAAUCUCGUGCAGAUAAAUCCAUUUUGAGUGGGGCGCCCUCUCCUACAUGCCCAAAUUGGGGGGGGGGAGUGCUCUUUGAACCUCCACUAUCCAGAUUAAAUUUUGGCCCAAUUUUAUAGAACUGCUUAUCAGCACAACAAGUAACUAAGCACAACAACAUUAUGCUUACCAGAUUAAGGUUACCGGCCAAACUACAAUGUCACAUGUACAAUUUGUGACUGGUAUCCUGCUCAUUUUUACGGCGGGACAUUUUUAAACAAAAUAUUCUGCUUAAGCGCCUCUAGAAACUGGUCCUAGGCCUUGUUUUCAUUUUCUAUUUCCACGGUAUUAUCUAAGUCGGGAUACAUGAUCAAGUCUGUAGCUUUAGGUUAAAGUUCAAUGUAUAAAUCAUCGGAGUGUGAAUAAUUAUCUUUUUUGUUGAGAUGCGAUAAAAUCAUUUGAAAAACAGAACUAGAGGUUCGAACAAAAUAGUUAUUAACACUUCUAACUUAACACUUCUAAACGUAAACUUACAAAAUAUUAAUACUAGAGACAAGUCACAGAGAUCCAUCGUGUUUAUUUAAUAGAAAAGGGCAUCAGACAACAAUUGACGCCUGUAUAAAAAAGGGUUAGAAUAACAAUACAAUUUAUGCUAAUACCUGUUCUCCAAUUUGACUCCUGAGUUGUAGUGAGUAAUUAAUUUUAAUGAAGUACAUGUAGUACAAAGAUAAGUACUUGUGCGUGUUGGAUUUGGGCCCAAUAACAGUUGUUCUUUCAUUCACAUGUAUUCGAGGCACUGGACACCACUAUUGGUAAUUACUCAAAAUAGUUGUUAGAGCAUGGUAACGAGCAAUGGCGAGCUGAUG